GAAAGUGGUGGCUGCUUCCUUCGUUUUCACGGCAUCUCUUUGGGUAUUUCCGGCUUUCUAUGCCUUGGCGCAUGGCAGCCAUCACGAAAUGGUCAAACACAAGCUCCUCGCAGGCGUAUCGGUCCUCAUCGGUACCUUUCCCAUGUUCAUCAUUUCAGACAAAGGUGACUCUCCGCGCCCUGCUCCCAUUGGGCCCCCUGUGGGAGGCGGUCACCGGGUCCUACCAUGGUCUGUGGCCAAGAACGCAGACUGGGGGAUCGUCAUGCUGGUCGGAGGCGGCCUGGCCAUCGGGUCGCAGAUGCAGGAAACUGGCCUGGCCGACGUCAUGGCGGAGCAGUUCGUCAGUUCCACUGGCAUCAAUGAUAUCUGGGUCCUCACUUUCGUCACCACCAUGCUAACUAUCUUCGUGACAGAGAUCACGUCCAACACAGCCACUACAAGUAUCAUGGUUCCCGUGGUCAUCGCGAUCUCAAAGUCAGUCCGUGACGACCCAAACGCCGCCGUGGCACCGGCGAUUGGGGUCGCCCUGGGAGCCAGCUGCGCGUUUAUGCUGCCAAUUGCCACUCCACCGAACUACAUCGUGAAGGAAACCGGCCACGUGGACUUCUGUCAGAUGGCAUCCGCCGGCUUCAUUGUCAACGUGAUCUGUUCUGGGCUCAUCUGGCUGAUCCUGCGCGUGACCGUCCCGCUCGUGUGGGGGGUGUAA